UCCACACUCAUUCUUCCUUCCCUGGGCGAUCCUCGACCUCUCUGCGGCUCGUCCCAUCGUUAGGUGAAGUUUCAACUUCUGUCCUCAGUUGAUCUGUACUGCUGUGGAGGAAUUCACAAUGGAGAGGAAAUUUUUUGUGGGUGGCAACUGGAAGAUGAACGGAAGUAAAGGAAAAAUAGAUGAAAUUUUAAAGAACUUGGCGUCAAAUGAUCUUUCUCCUUCCACUGAUGUUGUAGUUUCUCCUCCUUCUAUUUAUCUGGAUUAUGUCUGUAAAGCAGUCAAGGCAGGCAUUAGUGUUUCAGCUCAGAAUUGUUACAAAGUGGCCAGUGGAGCUUUCACAGGAGAAAUCAGCCCUGCAAUGAUAAAAGACAUUGGCUGUAACUGGGUGAUCAUAGGACAUUCUGAAAGGAGAAAGAUUUUCCAAGAGAGUGAUGAGCUUAUUGGCGAGAAGGUUGGUCAUGCACUAUCAGAAGGAUUAAAUGUGAUAGCCUGUAUUGGAGAACUUUUGUUGGAGAGAGAAGCUGGAAAAACCAUGGAAGUUGUGUCAAGGCAGCUUAAAGCCAUUGCUGAUAACGUCUCAGACUGGAAUAAAGUGGUUAUUGCUUAUGAACCAGUUUGGGCCAUUGGCACUGGAGUUACGGCCACACCUCAACAGGCUCAAGAAGUCCAUCAUCAACUGAGAGGUUGGCUUACUGAUAACGUUUCAGCUGCUGUCGCUAGUUCAACUAGAAUUAUUUAUGGAGGUUCCGUGAACGCCAAGAAUUGUAAAGAACUGGCUAAGGAAGGUGAUGUAGAUGGUUUCCUUGUUGGAGGAGCCUCUCUUAAGCCUGAGUUUGUUCAGAUCAUUAAUGCUAGGUUGUGAGAAAACGUAGGUUUAGUUUGUAGAAUUUACGCUUGAAGGAAUGUGGUGUUAAAACUGAAAAUUAUAGUCUCUGGGAAUAAUAAAAAUUGAGAGUGUUUCAUUUA